AUGUUAGGUCCGGAGGAAUUGGAAGAGCUUAGGAAGGACAUUGUCCUAAGCCACACGGAACCUGGCAACUCCGAGGUUCAGACCCGUGUACUCAUGAAAUGCAUUCAAGUGUUGUCGCUGGAUGAUCUUCCUGAGGAUACGCACUUGUUUUGUAACAAGGAUCUUCAGCCAAUUUCGGGCCAUACGCUUAUCAUGUUUUCGUUCCCAGGCCAAAAGAACAAGCAAAGCCGUAUCGUCGAGCAGAAAAUGGUGACCAGCAUGAUGAGAUGCAACGACUGUGUGCGGAGUUUCUGGCGGUGCUUGUCACAGAUGCGUCAGCGGUUUGUUUUACUCCGAAAGAUCCCCGUGGCUCAAGUGCAACAGUUUAUGAACAUCAUCAUUGCAUGGCAGACACAACGGAUUGCCCAGGAUCUAGAAGAAAUCCUUAAGGCCCCGCCAAAUACUCCAGACAGCUUGAAUAAGUUGUUGUAUGACGCGCUAUCUAUUCCUUCUAUGGUCAGGAAAGAUAGUGCUAUGCGGCCUGAAAUUGAAAGACUCAUAGACAUGGUAGCUGAUGAUUCUACCGUGUCGCAACAUUUGCUUCCUGCAGUGGUUACUUAUCUUGUGGAAGGUAACCCGAAGGAGUAUGCUUUUGCAGAAAAAGUUUUGGCCAAGAUCCCACUGGAGAACAGAACUUUGGAUCCUCAAGUCAUUGACGAAUUCAACUACCACUUUUAUCGCAUACAGAACGCAAAAUACUUUACUCCAGACCUUAGCUGUCGCUUUUGGAAUAUGCUAAAGUUGCUUCUUGAUCAUUUUCCUGCGACUGAAAUUACAAGAUUACUUAAACCUUCGGAUUUGGAGGAAAUGAGCUCUUUCACCCGAGUAAGGCUUUUUCCUUUGAUAAGAGUGCUAUUCAAUAAUUUGAUGGCAUUGUUAGAGGCCCCGUUACCAGUUCUUUUGAAGGUACUUCAAAAAUUCUUAGAGGUUUACGAUGUGCGUUUUUGGCAGUUAGCUCCUGACUGCCACUACUCCAACAUACUUGACACAGUCUUACCUAACGCACACUUUCAAGCAUAUCUUCAUGAAGCUGCAGUCAAAUCGGAUGCCAAGACUUCACUCUCCGAUUUACUUGCUUGGAUGUCGCCCCUUGUGGACAGUUUAUCCGGAUCCCAGAAACAAAGUGCGGCCAUAAAGUUGUGUGACUUUUUGGUUCAGCGUGAGAAAAUGGAAAAAUCCAAUGAUAGAUUUGAUUCAGUAAACAUUUUAACGCAAUGCUUCACCUUUGAUCAGUUGAAUCCCUUGGAAACUUCAAAGCAAUCUGAAACCUCCAUUAAUUUGAUGAGAAUGAGAGAUGCCAGGCUGACUGUUUCUAGUCAUGCGGAAUACUUUAUUACAUUGGCAAAGAAAGAUGUUGACGUGAUGUCGGCGGCUCUUAAUCUCAUAUGUUGUGCCUUGCGAUAUGAUAUUUUGGUUGCAGCCAAUAACUCUGCCGUGAUACAGCAUAGUGAAAUACCUGCAUUACCUGAUUUUGCUCCCAAAUUGUGGGAAGAGUUGACCAGAUUUUCGUUCACUAAAUCAUAUCUGGUUUCGAAAAUCUUAGAAUCAUUCACAGACGCCCUGUCGAUUAUCAUAUUCAAAGAGAAAAAGAGUGAUCAAGGCUCAAAAGAGUUGAAUGCUUCUAUAAAAAUUCAUAACCGCGAGUGUGAGAAGCUUUCAGCUCAAAUAUCUAGCGUUCUAGACAAGAUUUCUUUGGCAGAUCCAGAUGAACUCAAAAGUAUCAUAAAUGAAAAGGAAUGUCUGGUUGCCCUCUGGAGCUGUUUAUUAUCUCCUUCCAUAAAUCAAUCUGCGUUAAAUGUUAUCUACCAGGUUUACGAUGCAGAGGGCCGUUAUGAGGCGAUUGAGAGCAUAUUUGGGCAUGCUUUAAAACCAAAUAUCAAUGCUGUCGUUACAUCCCUUUCUCAUAUUGCUGAACUCAAGGUAUAUGAAACAUGUCCGAAGACAAUGAGAAUUCUCAUGGAUGUUAUCAGGGCACUUAUGAACCCAUUAACCGGCAUCUUGACCACACAGGCCGAGAAAGCUAAUGACUGUAAAGAUGAGUUAAAGUCUUUAUGGACAGCAAGUUGGUCUUUUUUGGUUAUGGUGUAUCAACAAACCCUAAUUUGGGCUGGGCUCUAUCAUCUUGAGGAUUUGAUAGAAUUUACCCGUGAUACACUAGAUACUAGUCACUUACUAUUAGACUCAUUCAGAGUUUUGUUGGAUAUUUUCAACGACCCAAGUGUUGCUGCUCCUCUCUUUAAUGUUUUUAUGGAAGCAUUCCAUUAUCUUAUCGUCUGGCUUCGCUUGGGGGAUACCUCACUUUUGAAUUCUUGUGUUGAUAUCGUAUUCAAGGGUUUCGACUUUGCUAAGGAGUUGAAUGUGAAUGUGGACAAAUCUUUUCUUAUCAUGUUUGCGAAGUACGGGGCCAAGGCCAAAAAGUUCAAUAAUAAGCUCACUGAACAACAGAGAAAUGAAAUUUUAGCUAAAGCUAGUGAAUUCGACGCUCCUUUAGUUCAAUAUGUGAUUGACGAAGUCGCCAGAGAACGGGCAGGUAAAAUGAAUGCUUCCUUGGCUCUGACUAAGUCUCAAUCUCCAUCUAUUUCACCCGGUGCAACUUAUGCAUACCAAAGCAAACCCAAACAACCUAAGCAGCUGACUUUAUCAAGAUUUGGUGUGAUUACUAGCACACCUCCUGUUGCUCCACCACCACCCAAGCCAUUCAAAUCUAAUAAUUUGGAAGCAAUCAGAAAUGAACUCAAAUCCAAUAGGACACCUUCAAAAGUCCCCGUUAUCAACCCGGCACCACCAAGACCAGCCGGAUUUAACCCUAAGCAUGCCCCUGUCGUUGGUCGGUCAUUAAAUGCAUUGAGACAUAAGAAGGUGGAGUCUGACUCUUCAGAUGACGACGAAAACGACGAGGAUGUGGACAUUUCAGACUUGUUUCUUGACUCUAAAAAGAAGACUAAAAUUACAGAACUUGAUAUUCAUGGUAGACCAGUGGUGAAAAUGGCUGCUCAAAAGAAGAUUGACAACAAAAGACAAGAAGAAGAAAGAAUGCGGUUGCGUCUAAAUGUGAAUUUGAAACCACUCUACUCCACGAUUCUAAAAUGGAAUUACAACAGCAAUAGCGAAUUCCCAACUGAUGAAAGAGACAUUUAUCAGCCAAUUAAAAAUACAUACACUUCGGCGAAAGAAUACGUUAGCAUGAUUGAGCCUCUUUUAAUGCUCGAGUGUUGGCAGGGAAUUCAGUCGUCCCGUGUAACAGGGCAAGAAACACCUUUCGAUUUGCUUGUUGGAAGCAGAACCACAUGCGAUGGUUUUUUUGAUGUAUACGCAUCAAUCAAAAAGACAGAUUUGGCUACACGCAAAAUUGGCGAUACGGACUUGUUGGUCCUUGGGUACGUUGCUGAUAAAAAUAUGAAUGAUCCUCGUUCUAUAUCAUCAUAUCUCAAGAAUCCAACUUCUCAGACAUGUUUAGCAAAAGUUAAAGAGAUUAAGUCCGCAAAUGCUGAUUUCAGUGAUCUUACAAUUCGUGUCUAUCCACAAGGUUCCAUGAUGGGGAUAUUGACUCCAAAAUCUGUUAUCGUUGCAAUGAAGGUCAUGCCUAUGAUAACAGUCGAAAGAGAAUACUCAUCACUUAAAGGAUUGCCAUAUUACGAUUUGUGUGACGAUAUUCUUAAAGCCCGUCCGGCAAGCCCUGCAAACAUUUCUGAGUCUGAAGCAACAUCUAUGUGCCAAAAGUUGAAUGUCAAUAAGUCCCAAGCAAAGGCUAUCCUAGGCUCCUUUCAGAAUAAUGGGUUUUCCUUAAUUCAAGGUCCACCUGGUACCGGUAAAACGAAGACCAUCUUGGGAAUUGUUGGUAAUACUCUCUCGCACUCAAAGAAGUCCAAUGUCAUUGAGGUUCCAGGUGUAACAUCAAGUGACCACCAUUCUGACAAAGAACAAGGCCCGAAAGUAUUAAUUUGUGCACCAAGUAAUGCCGCGGUUGACGAAUUGGUUGUACGUCUUCGCCAAGGUGUUCACAAUGCAAAGGGAGAAGAAAUGAUCCCCAAGAUUGUACGCUUGGGUCGGUCUGACGCUAUCAACUCUUCAGUCAGGGACUUGGGUCUCGAAGAACAAAUUGAAAAGCAACUAAAAGUUCGAAACAUAUCAGUUGUCAUUGAUCCGAACAUUCGAACUGAGCAUAACAAAUGCAUUGCUGAGAGAGAUGAGAUUCGUGAGAAAUUACGCAGAGGUGACUUGGAUGAUGAAAAGAUUGCCGCUUUGGAAACCCAACUUCGUGAGAUUAAUAAAAAGCGAAGCGAAUUAGGAAAGAGAUUAGAUGAACAGAGAGAGAAUGCAUCUAUUGCUUAUCGUACAAAAGAAAUUGAAAAGCGUCAGCUACAGGCAAAGAUCUUAAGUGAAGCGCAGGUCAUAUGUUCGACGUUAUCAGGUUCAGCCCAUGAUUUCUUGGCUAGCAUGUCUAUGAAGUUUGACCAAGUCAUUAUUGAUGAAGCAUGUCAAUGUGUGGAAUUAUCUGCAAUAAUUCCCUUGAGAUACGGCUGUAAGAAAUGUAUUAUGGUUGGUGAUCCUAAUCAAUUGCCUCCUACCGUUCUCUCCCAAAAGGCUGCAUCUUUCAAGUACGAGGAGAGUUUGUUCGUACGGAUGCAGAGAACGAAUCCAGAAUCAGUCUACCUUUUGGAUGUACAAUACCGUAUGCAUCCUCAAAUAUCCAAGUUCCCAAGCGCUCAGUUUUACAAGUCUAAAUUAACGGACGGGCCACACAUGAUGGAAAAGAACAAUAGGCCUUGGCAUGCGGACUUUCCAUUAUCGCCUUAUCGGUUUUUUGACAUUGGUGGCAGGCAUCAACAGAAUGUGCAAACAAAAUCGUUUUUCAAUCCUCUGGAAGCCAAAGUAGCUCUCGAGUUAGUUGAGAAGUUGAUGCAAAUCUUACCUCAGGACAAGUUUAGAGGUCGAAUCGGUAUAAUUUCUCCCUAUAAGGAGCAAAUCCGGACCCUCAAAGACACAUUUGUGCGCAAGUACGGAAAUCUAAUCCUCAAUGAAAUUGACUUUAAUACUGUUGAUGGAUUCCAAGGACAGGAAAAAGAAAUCAUUAUCAUGUCUUGUGUUCGUGCAAGUGAAUCUGGUAGUGUUGGUUUUUUGAGUGAUGUGAGACGUAUGAACGUCGCUCUUACACGUGCAAGAACAACUUUAUGGAUCUUGGGAAAUAAACAAUCCUUGCGGAGAGAUAAGAUAUGGUCCAAAUUGAUUGCAGAUGCAGAAAGUAGGGACUGUGUUACUCUGGCUGAACCAGGGUUCUUGAAGCGGAUAUUCAAAACUGGUCAACCAUCUCAAAGCACUUCCAAUGCAAAUGGAAGUCAGGAACUGCCUGAAACGGUCGUGGACAGAAAAAGAAAAUUAUCUUCUGUGGAUGUCGUCUCUACUGAAGUCACGCCCAAACUUUCGAAAUUGGAUACGUCCAAUCCAGGCAACUCAACGGUGGGUAAUCAGGUCCCAUCUACUUUGCCUAAACCAUCGCAUGCAGAAAACGCUGUGGACAUUAGCUCGGCAAAACAAAACUUGUCACCUACUUUAAAAAAAUCACACGAGAAGAAACGCGUUCCUUACAUUUAUAAUGCUAAGCUGCUGUCAGCCCUGACAAGCAACAAUGAUACGAAUAGAGGUUCCGCAAGCAACAGUCGUCCUUCCGAAAAAAUAGCAUCAACAGAAACAAAGGAUUCCCCAUUUACGCAGAGUUCAAACCAACAAACACCUAACACGGCCACUAGCAAGACGAGUUCUAGUAACGCUUCCGGUAUAAAUCCCACGAAGUCUGGCGUUUACAUGCCCCCACAAGGACCGCGAAAGAGAGGUUCGAGCAGCAGUAUCUUCAUCAAGCGGAAACGGCCCACUUAG